AUGAGGGAGGAGGAGUUAGAAGUUGCCCUGAAGGUGGUUAUAGUGGGCAACGGUGGGGUAGGCAAAUCAAGCAUGAUCCAAAGAUAUUGCAAGGGUACCUUCACCAAGGACUACAAGAAAACAAUAGGAGUAGAUUUUUUAGAAAGACAAAUAGAAGUAGACGGAGAAGAGGUGCGGCUGAUGCUGUGGGACACAGCGGGCCAAGAAGAAUUCGAUGCCAUCACCAAAGCCUACUACAGAGGAGCUCAAGCCUGCGUGUUGGCUUUCUCCACCGUAGACAGGGACUCAUUUGAGGCGGCACAUUCGUGGAAACUCAAGGUAGAGAACGAAUGUGGAGAAAUACCAACUGUGAUUGUACAGAAUAAAAUAGAUCUUAUCGACCAGAGCGUUGUCAAUCCGGAGGAAGCUGACCUCUUGGCCCGCGCGCUCGGCUGCCGCCUCAUCCGCACCUCCGUAAAGGAGGACCUCAACGUCGUCGCCGUCUUCAGGCACCUCGCCUCCAAGUGCCUCCAAGAGCUGAGGGACCCCCCUUUGCACGAUUACGACUACUUUGCCGCCGCCCCUGCCACCUUCGCCUCUGACUCUCUCACCAUUAGUACUUUUAGCCCUAGUCAUUCGUCCAAAAAUAAUGGAACAAUAGUACUACGACCCCAUAAGCAAAAAAAGAAGAAAAACGUCCUCAAAAAUGCCUGUAGAAUACUCUGA